CCCGGGGGUCGGGUCGGCGGUACCGUGGGUUGGUGGUACCGUGGGCUGGGUCGGUACCGUGGGUCAUUGAGGCUUUGGGUUGGGUCGGUACCGUGGGUCAGUGAGGCUGUGGGUCAGGUUUGUGCUGUGGGUCGGGUCGGUACCGUGGGUCGGGUCGGUACCGUGGGUCAUUGAGUCUUUGGGUCGGGUCGGUACCGUGGGUCGGGUCGGUACCGUGGUCCCUGAGUCUUCGGGUCGGUCCGGUUCCGUGUGUCACUGGUUCCGUGUGUCGGUCCGCUCCGGUUCCGUUGUCCCGAUGUUCCCGUGUGAAGUCCCCGCUCUGCACCGCGCGGUGUCGUCGGGCCGGUUCCGGUUGGUUCGGCUGCUGCUGGAGGGCGGAGCGUCCGUCAACGACCCGGACCCGCGGGGCCGGACCGCGCUGAUGGCGGCGUGUGGGGCGACCUACGGGGACCCGUCGGACCGGACCCGGAUGGUUCGGUACCUGCUGAGCCGCGGCGCCGACCCGAACGCGGCGGACCGGGCCGGGAUGACGGCGCUGAUGGUGGCGUGUAACGAACGGGCCGGGCCGGGGGUGGCCGCGCUGCUGUUGGAGCACGGGGCGGAUCCCGGAACCACGGACCGGUUCGGUUCGUCCGCGCUGUUUUACGCCGCUCGGGGCGGGGACCGGGACACGCUGCAGGAGCUGCUGGACGCCAGCGAGGCCCGGGGGCGGCAGGUCAUUAUUAUCACCACGGCCACGUCCCCGUCCGGUACCAAAACCACGCGGCAGUACCGGCACACGGCGCCACCGGAACCGGCACCAGAACCGGAACCGGCCGCGUCCCCGUCCGACGUGGAGCUUCGUUCCGCCGCGUCGCCCCCCGAGGGAGGAACGGACGGUGACGAGCAGCGGGUGUUUCGCUUCCCCCCCCACGAACCGAACCGGUACCGGCAGCUCCAGCGCCUCCAUUCGGAACCGAACGGGUCGGAUGGACGCGACACCGACGGAACCGCGACCCAUAACGGAGACCCCCCCCCAACCCAACGCCCCCCCCGGCCCCUCCGAACCCCGACCCGACCCGGUUCCCCCCCCCCGGUUCCGACCCGUCGCGGUCCCGGUUUGUUGCUGCGCCGCGGGUCGGGGCCGCUGCUGCUCACGGAGACCCCCGGGAUGGGCAGAGCCGCCCCCCCCCCCCACACACGGUGCUGCCCCCCAUCAACGCGGCCCCCCCACAACACAAAGGACGGAGACACUCGGUGCAGAGCGAGGAGUGGGGCCGAAAUGGGGGGCGGCUGUGAGGGACCCCAAGAGGGAUCCCAUAGGGACCCCAUGGAGACCCCAAAGGGACCCCAGAAUGAUCACAGGGGGACCCCAUGGAGACCCCAAAGGGACCCCAGAAUGAUCACAGGGGGACCCCAUAGUGACACCAUGAGGGCCCCAAAAUGA